UACUCAAAAGAUUGGCCUUCACUAAAUCGUCUUCUUACUCCUUUCUUCAGGUUCCCUUUUAACCCAUCAAAACAUUCUUAUUCAGUGUUCUUGAUCUCAAAAUUGUUUAAUCCACUCUCUCCGUUUACAGAUUGGUUAACAAUGAGCGACAUAAUUGAUUCUCCGGUGACAGAUUCCGUAAAGAGCGGAGCAGGUAGCGAUGCGUCGCGAAUUGCCGAAGUUAAGGCGUGGUUGGCCUCACAAUUUGAAGCAGCUGGAAAAGAAGUUCCUGAUUUCGAAUACACGCCUCGAAGCGUCGCUCAUUUGUACAAUUUAGUAACUCUUUCACAAGCCAAGACCCAAGCUGCCAACAUUGUCGCUGCUGAUUUUCGCCAAAAGGCCACCGAGUAUCGCUCACAAGCUGCAAGGAUUAGAGAGAUUUUGGAGAAUGUGGGACUGGCACAAGAGAGUUUGCCAUCUAAUGUGGUUUCUUCAGCUCAAGUUCUUGCUAACGUAGCUAAUUUGUUGAAUAUAAGAGACACUGAACUUAGCAGUUUUCUUGUAGCAAUGGGUGAUAUUUCGUUGAGAAAAACUGCUGUACAGGAGAAGAAGGCAAAAGUACGCAAGGAGUCUAAAAUUCUUCUGGAUUACACCCGCAAGGCAAUUGCAAGGUUAACCUAUUUGAAAAGAACACUUGCGCAACUAGAAGAUGAUGUAGCUCCUUGUGAAGCUCAAAUGGAAAAUUGGAAGACCAACUUGGCAGUAAUGGCAUCGAAGGAGCGACAGUACCUGCAGCAGUAUAACAACUACAAGGCAUUACUCAAUCGUCUGGGCUAUACCCCUGAGAUUAGCCACGGGGUGUUGGCUGAAAUGGCUGAGCACAGAAAAGAGUUAGAGAAGAAGACAAAACCCAUCCUGGAUACUCUAAGGAGCUACCAAGACUUGCCGCCGGAUAAAGCUUUGGCUGCUUUAGCUAUUGAGGAUAAAAAGAGGCAGUAUGCUGCUGCUGAGAAAUAUCUUGAAGAUGUACUACAGUCUGCCCUUGCCACCAACGAUUGAC